UUUUAAUCAAUAUUUUAAAAUAAAAUCGACAAUAUGAGCGCGUUUGCUGUUCCGCCUUGGGAGAAAGGCGCUGAGGUCAUCGAGUUCAAGCCCGUGCAUGAAGCCAACAGUAAUGGUACGGCCAAAAAACCCAAGAAGAAAAAACCAAAGAAACAAAAGCAGAAGAAAACAAAUCCAUCGGAAAAACCGUCAAACACCGGCUACAGAGUGGGCAAGGGGCCUUUGGCCCCGCCAACCACCGACUCCUCGGACGAUGAUGUGGACGAAGAUAUGCGCGCGAUGCACAAAGUGAAAAGUGGGCGGAUAGAGAAGCAGCGACCACCACCAGCGGCAAAGACCAACAAGAAGCUGACACUAAAGCCAGAGCUGGCCCAGGCUGCGCUCGAGGCCAUGGACACGGGGCCUGCACCAGUGACGACCUUAAGCAGUAAACUGCAAUCAGAGCUGCUGGGAGGACGGUUUCGAUACAUUAAUGAGCAGCUCUAUACAAUGGAUAGCGGCAAGGCGGAGGCACUGUUUCGCAACGAGAGCGGCGCUUUUGAAGCCUACCAUGCCGGCUAUCGGCAGCAGGUGGAGAAAUGGCCUGCGAAUCCGCUUCAGCGCAUCAUCAAGACUCUCAAGCGAUUGCCCAAAACAGCCAUUAUCGGCGACUUUGGUUGCGGAGAUGGAAAACUUGCGAAGUCGCUGCCCAAUAAAGUGUACUCCAUGGACCUGGUCUCCACUCGAGCUGACAUCAUUGCCUGCAACAUAACCGCCACUCCCCUGCAAGCGCAAUCUCUGGAUGUGGCCGUCUAUUGCCUGUCGCUGAUGGGCACCAAUCUAAACGACUAUCUCUUGGAAGCGAAUCGCGUACUCAAGCUGCAUGGAAAUGUCUACAUAGCUGAAAUUCAAUCCCGCUUCGAGGACGUGCGCGAAUUUGUGCGCUCCAUGAGUGCCUGCGGCUUUGACCUAAUCAAAAAGGAUGUAGCUGUUAACUUCUUUUACUUCUUCCACUUCAAGAAGAUGCGCCAUGUGGGCAAGGUGGCCAAGUUAAAGCCGUUCUCGUUGAAGCCUUGUCUAUACCGUAAGCGGUAGAGGAGAUAUAUUUGUACAUUAAAUAAAUGUAGAGGAUUCAAACAA